AGACACCAAGUGUCUUUUUGGGUUCUCAGGUUUGGGUGACUCAGAAUACACAUACUUCUGCAAUGGAGGGAAAGUAAUUGAUAAACGACUCCAGGAGCUCGGAGCCCAGCACUUCUACGACACUGGACAUGCGGACGACUGUGUAGGUUUAGAGCUCGUUGUAGAGCCGUGGAUUGCUGGACUCUGGGCCGCCCUCACAAAACACUUUAAGUCGCUCAGAGGACAAGAUGGAAUGAGUGACACACUCCCACCGCCAUCAGAUGCCCCCUUGAACACUCCUGUGAAGCCGGAGUUGCUACACAUCCAGUCACAAGUUGAACUUCUGCGAUUAGAGGAUGUGGGAGAGAAGGAUUCUGAGGUGUGGGAGCACAAUGAAGCUAACAGGAGUCAGAGGAGAGAUUUGAUUGAAGACUUUGAGUCCUCGCUCGUCCGCUCAGUUCCCCCACUCUCACACACCUCUCUAAGUAUUCCCACUUUGCCGCCAGAAUAUUUGGAGGUCCAUCUUGAGGAGCCUCUUGGCCAGGAGGAAAGCCAAACAUCUGUGACUUCAGUGGAUCCAGUUUUUCAAGUUCCAAUUUCAAAAGCUGUUCAGCUGACUACAAAUGAUGCCAUAAAGACCACACUGCUGUUGGAAUUGGACAUUUCAAAAAUCGAGUUUUCUCAUCAGCCUGGAGAUUCCUUCAAUGUGAUCUGUCCAAACAGUGACUCUGAGGUAGAAAACCUGCUUCAAAGGCUACAGCUGGCUGAUAAACAAGCAUACCAUGUCAUCGUGAGAAUUAAGACGGACACUAAGAAGAAAGGUAGGACAGGUGCUGGAUUUGACCAAACAUGCAUGCACAUACAUAACCACAAGCAAAUCUGGUGCUAACCAGUUCUUGAUGUU